AUUCCCUUUGGGUCGACGCGCAGCUGUGUCCGUGUUCCGUGUCAGCCCAUGCUCUGCAUUGCGCGCGCGCGUCAGCCACGCACCAAGCGCGAGCCCAAAUCUGCCAUUCUCCGGAAAUGGUCCGGAUCCUCUCUCGCCAGCUGGUAGAAAGGCUCUAAGUCCCGCUGGAUCUGGCGGUAGUCGUCGAUGAGACAGCGGUUCUCCUGGGCGUAGGCAAACCAUCUGUCGAAGUUGGGUGGCGGGGAUCUGUUAUAGCGCAUGCUGUACUUGGUCGCCGCCUCCGCAACCGUCUGAGACUGUUUGCGGAAGAGCUCGUCUACACGCAUCGCUGCGAGGAUCUCCGGAUCCGACAAGUCCACCUUGCUCGUUGUGCCAUUGCCUGCAUCGGUCGGGUCGUCCAGCUCGAGCUCGAGCACCCAUGUUUCCGUCGAGGGAUCGGAUGAUAGCGCAUCGGGGUAAUAGACAUGAGAGCCGACGAGGACGAGCGCGAAAGUCGCAAACAGCGUGCAGAACAAGAGUCGUCGCCGCAGCUGGCUGCUUGUCACAAAAGGGUCGUUCUGUCUGGACAUGGCGCUGGGGAGAAGACGAUAAGGAGGCGUGUCUUGCGGGACUGCACGGGCUCGCGCAGCCUCUAUCAGAGACGCGGAAGGUGUCUCAGACAUGGCGCCAGCUAUGCUUCCGUGGAAUGGAACGACGCCGAAAAGGGGUUUUCAUCAGCUUUGCAAACACCGAUUGCUCUUCAUAGCCUGGAUAUAUAGGCACGAUACGAUUGUUCGUAGACAUCACACAGUGCGGUCACAUUGCAAGUAUCCAUUGGAGAGUAGGCCGCGUUGCGCUCAGGCGCUUCAUGCUGCUUCGAGCGCUGGGAGAUGAUUGACGUAGGAACUGGAAACAAAUGAUCCAAAAAGACCACCCAGUGCUGCAGCUCGUCGGUGGUCACCCUCGCUGCCACGUAGCCGGAUUGAACGACUGAUCUUCCCAUAGCGUACAAGUGGGAUGCUUUACCACUAAGCCAACGCGGCGAUGACGUACUUCCGAGAUCGGGUUUCAAGGCAAUCGAUGCUGUCACCUGACCGCGUUUGCACAACUGACGAGUUAAUCUUGAC